AUGCUUUUCUCGUUUGACUUGCGCCUGAACGAACUGGGCAGUUUAUCGGCGGUACUGGCCGAAGCAACGUCGAAUGCAACCUACAUCAAAGCUGCAAAUCAAACCCUUCAGUUCCUCAAGAAUUUUGGCUACUUUCCACGUUCGGAUGAUCCUUCAGACCAGAAAGGUAUCCUCGCCUUGGAUAGCGAUCCACCUUGUCAUAGCAAUUCCUAUGUGCAAUGGUACCCUACUACCGGGGAUAUCAUCGAAGGACUAUCCAUUCUCGCAUCUCUGCAGGACGAUGCAACGACUGAAAGCUUUCUCCAAGACGCUAUCAAUUCGUCUACUCUGUACCGGAACAAUCAACAGUCGAAUGGUGUCAUCCACAUGACGAGGAUGCCAUUUAGCCUCCUGGCAGGCGACCCGUUUCUGGUGCGCGGACUUGGGACGGCAUAUCGGAAGAAUCACAUCGAACCUGGUAUGCGUGAAUAUAUCAAAGAUUUCAUAAAUAUUCAGUACAACUACCUACUGGAUGACGCGAUUAUCCAGCAGUCGAACGUAUAUGUGGAUUCCGGGUCUGGACUGCGACCCCCAGCACGAAAUCUCAGCCCGAUAAACCAGACAUACGCUGUUAUGGUGUUUGUCCAGGCUAUCGGUUCUGCCAACGACACAGGCGCUGGCGAUCCGUCGUCGUCCAGUCGUCCGGGAACAACUGGGUCAGGGUCAGGAGGCGGAACCACAAAAGCCUUCACAACAGGCGCGAUAGUAGGAAUCGUUGUUGGGAUUGUAGCCUUCCUUGCCUUGCUUUCGGGAUUCAUAGCGUGCCUUUGCCUUCGCAGAAGGAGGCGAGAACGGAAAUUACCCUUUAUAUACCAGACUUCUCCAUUUCACCUACCAGACCCGAAUUCAGAAAUGGACGAGUCGAGUCUUACAUCGCCAACAUCACUGACAUCACCGGGAGUUCGUGGAAAAUCCUGGUUGCAGGCUGGGUACUCUGCGCGAACCGACCCAUUCUCUCCCGUGUCCUUGACAACUCCGACGACUCCAACAACUCCAGUUUCCUCAAAAAGACCGGGAGUACGAGUUAAAACCCGUUUGGACUCUCCGCUCCCUUCGCACCCUCCAACAGUGCCGUCCGUUGCGACUCCUUCCGAGGAAAACCGGGCUGUAGGACCUGCAGAAGAUGUGGACUCUGGACCACUGAACGACGAUCCACAUGCGAGGUUCCAUGCCAUGUCGACGACGGAGAUGGUUAGGGUCUUGAAUGCACGUGUUCAAGCAGAAGGGUUCAUUAAUGAAGGGCCGCCUUCCUAUUUUCAAAGUGAGGUCCAGACUUGAAAUUUAGUUGGGUUCUAUCUUGGAUUUGUUGGCUGUAAUAUAUUGACUGUCAUUUACGAACCAUGGCUUGUGGAUAUACCUUUCGUGGACACGUCCAAAGUAGUAGCUCUACUACAUCCAUUUGAAUGUUUGAACUUUACCUUAUCCGAAUGUUCAGUAGCUUUACGAAAAUCGAGAGUAGGUAUAUUGUACUGAUUUACUUAUCAAUCAAACCGAAC